CCUGAGCUGGCACUCAGAAGGAACCAGGGUUUUGUGCUGUUAGGAGCAGGUAUUCUUUGGAAAUGUCUAAAUGUCUGAUGGUGGUAUUUUUCUUUGUGGCUUCCAGUACAAAACAGAGCGUGAGUGGAUCCUCAGAUUUCUUGGGGAAGGGCUGCGUGACAAACAUUGCUAUGAGCUUUAUGACUACCAGAGGAUUUUCCAGGUCAUUCUUUCCUUUUUCAACAGUCCUUUGUGUGAUGAGGGCUCCCAGAGACGUAUUCUGGAGAUAUUACAAAGUGCUGCCCGUGUCACCAGAGCUGCCUAUGAGCUGGUACAGGAUCACAGCCUCCUCACAUGGGUCCUGCACAGCUUGGAGAAAAGGUUUCUGGAGAGCAAGGUGAUAAAUAAAGUUACUUCCUUAGUCCAUACUCUGUGGUUAACAAAUACAGGAGUCAAGAGAGAAAACAAGAAUCAAUCCCAGGAGAACAGGAAGCUUCUUCCUAUUCAGCUUGUAAAUGAAUUUCUAUGUGUUUUGGUCACAUUAAUCAAACAUAUUCGGACUAACGUAGAUGUGGCCAAGCUGACUGAGUUGUUUGGCACCCUCAGCUCUGUGCUGGAAUACCGUGCUGUUGUUGUGGAGGCUUUUAGGGAGAUGAGGCGUUUCACGGUCAACGACAGCGUCCUCUCCAGCAGGGAGCUGCUGCUGCUGCUGCACAAGUGGAGCCUUGUCAGCAAAGACCUGCAGCUGCAGGAGGACCUGCAGGCCCUGGCUCAGAAGUACCAAAACAAAGAAUUGCUCAAAAAUAUUAAAGACACGAACAGACCUCAAGGCUCAUCUUACGUGUGUCGUCACACUCGGAAAAGGACCAAGGUGGAAGAUGAUGACCCUGCUGCAGACGUGCAAGUGUCUGAGCUGGAGAAAUGCAGAGAACAUCUGAAUUCCAUACUUGCCCAUUGGGACCCUGUUUUCCCAGCACCACCCUCCACACAGGGAGGGGAGGCUCUCAGAGCCGGUGCACCUGGGGGUGAGGCAGUUCCUGUCACCUGUGCAUCCAUUCAAGUUGUCACUAAGUGGCUGGUGAGGUCCCUGGCUGGGCAGAGCUCCCUCGGGGAGCAGGACGUGUCCCCAGUGCUGAGGUGGCUGCGGAACCGCGUCCUGCCACACCCAGCGGCCGUGCGGGAGAUGCUCAGGGACGAGAUGCUGAGGAACAACCUCUUCAAGCUUUACACCCGGCUCUGCCAGGCCAGCAGCACCUCGGCUGGGCUCUCCAGGCAGCUGGGUGGGCUCAGCUCCAUCAUGCUCCAGCUCAUGGAGGAGCAGGGCGUGUCCAGCACCUUCCAAGAGCUUGUGAAAUCUCUGUGCCUAUCAGCAACGGUGGAAGAGGAUGGGGACAAGACAGGUGACUCAUCUUGUUCUUAUCAUUCAUGUUAUGAGGCAGUGGUGGGAGAAACUAGGAAAUUCCAUGGCUUUUUAAAUCCAUUAAAUCAGUUCUCCCAUAUCCACCCAGGCUCAUGGCUUCCCAAAGCAGAAGCUGUGUCUUUGGUGGGAUGGGGGCAGGGACUGGGGGAUUAGGCAGCACAGAGCAUAGUCACACUGGGAGGUUUUC